AUGUCUCGCCUGAUCGAUAGACUUCCCACACCGGAGAAGGUGAAGGAGAAGAAAGUGAUUGUACUCAGUCGCAGCCGUGUUGGAACGUUUUCUCUCUACCAAGCUCUCAAAACGUUAGGGUACACCCCUUACCACAUGUUCGAAGUGGUCACCAAUGGCGUCCCUCAUCUCCAACUCUUUGACGAGGCCAUACGUUGCAAGUAUUCAGGCACAGUAAAGCCAUACGGCAAAGCCGAGUUCGACAAAUGGCUCGCCAACUACGAUGCCAUCGUCGAGAUUCCCCAGUUUUUCAUCGAAGAGUUUAUUGAAUUUUAUCCCAACGCAAAGUUUAUCCUCGUCGAACGCGAUGUCGACGCUUGGGAACGUUCGUUGAAUAAUACCGUCAAGGCCGUUAUAAAGGCUUGCAGAUCGUUCCCCUUGAACGUUAGCCAAUACGUCGAUCAUUACAUCAGUGGUUUUGUUGCUCUCCACGUCACGUUUGAGGACGUCAUGUUCCACAAUAAAGGCAUGGAAAAGGGCAUGGAAGAAGCAAAGAGGGAUGUCAUAGCAGAUGGAGAAAAAGCAAAGAGGCUGGCUCCAGAGGGCCAGCUUUUGGCAUGCACUUUGGAAGGUGGCUUUGGUUGGGAAGAAAUUUGUCCCUUUCUUGAGAAAGAUAUUCCCAAGACACCGUAUCCUAGAGGUAACGCUCCUGCCGAGUUUGAAGGACUUAUAAAAACACACGUCGGACCUCGCAUCCGGAACUCGGUUUUGAAGCUUUUGGGGACGGCACUGGUGCCGGUGGUUAGCAUCGGGCUGUGGUCAUACAUGAAAAGACCUUAG